CUAGAAUCGUACAUUCCAUAAAACUUCUUGAAAUGCAUAGGUCUCGGCAGAUCGACAGCCAAGAGCAUCCAGGUCGAGAAACACGAGCCUCAUCCACGUCACCAGCCUUGGCAUGCGGCGCUAUGCGCAGGAGCAAACAUUUUUCUUCUUAAUUGAAAAGCUCUUCAAUUCUACAUACACUUAAUCAAUUCGUCCGUUUAUUUCGACACAGUAUUGUUUAUUAUUGUCUAUAUCCUUAAUACUUUGCUAUCAUGUUGACGAAAUUCGUGUCUCUUCUCGCCCUGGCUUCCACAGCCGUCGCGCAGAGAAAGGGCUUCAACUACGGGGCAACGAACGCCGAUGGCUCUUGUCGCGGCUACAACGACUUCGUCCGUUUCUUCAACGAGGCCAAGUCUCUACCCGGAACAUCUGGGUUCACCUCAGCGCGCCUUUAUACCUCCAUCCAAUGCGGUACCGCCGCUGAUCCCAUCUCAGCAUACCGCGCUGCGAUUGACACCGAUACCUCGAUUCUCGUAGGACUCUGGGCCAGUGCUGGUCGUGAUGCGUACGAGAAGGAGCUCAACGCGUUAAUUCGUGCCGCCAAUGAGCUGGGCAACGCCUUUACGGAUCGUAUCAUUGGCAUCAGUGUUGGAUCUGAGGACUUGUACCGCAGCAGCCCGCAGGGUGUUGCAAACAAAGCUGGACCCGGUGCUACGGGUGGAGAGAUUGAGGGAUAUAUCGGCUGGAUGCGGGAUUGGAUUAGGGGUACCAGGCUGGAGGGCAAGCCCAUUGGCCAUGUUGAUACUUGGACUGCGUGGGUCCUCCCCGAGAACCGCGGUGUCGCAAACACGGUCAACUGGCUUGGACAUAAUUCGUUCCCAUACUUCGAGAGUACCCGACCCAACGCGAUUGAGCAGGCGCCAGAGAACUUCUGGUCUGCUGUUAGGCAGACCGAGGGUGUGUCGGGUGGAAAGGAAGUUUGGGUCACGGAGACCGGCUGGCCACAUGUGGGACCCAACUCCGGCUCUGCCGUUGCCUCGCUUGAGAACGCCAGACGUUAUUGGCGUGAGGUCGGUUGCUCGCUAUUCGGCAACCGCAAUACUUUCUGGUACACCUUGAAAGACGCAAACACGGCACAGACGGACCUCUCCUUUGCCGUUACGCCACUCCAGAACAACACACCUUUCUUUGACUUGACUUGUUAAGCAGCACGCUUCAACGUGGUAAAAUCGAGGGCAUGGAAGUGUACAGAAAAUCUUUGCACUCAUACCGUUCGACUUGUAAACGAUAGCGACAAAUAUAUAAGCAAGAACAAUAUUCAAGACGAUCUUCGUGUCCACAUCACUCCCCCUUUUGGCCAUUGAUCUAGAACAAGAUCCUUCAGACUCCCUAAUUCUUUGUAUAUGGAGUUGUUCAGGAUAAGUCUUGUAGUAACGGGAGCGGCAUACAUCCAUCCUGGAUAUGAAGAACAGGCAGACAGUCAUUGCGAGCGCUAACGACCUAAGCUAACCAAGCUGAGGUUUAAGCAGAUGAAGAGAUGAAGCUUUGCAGUACCUAUAACCAGGAUUUAUAACAAUGCAUAUGGUAGUAAUAUUGCAAUUCUGAGG